AUGCAACAACUUCAACCACAGGCCGAGGUUUCCGAAGAGGAAAGAGCAAAACAAGAACAACAAAAGAAAGCAUUGGAAGAGGCAGAGGAGAAGAGAAGAGCUCUUCUUUCUCAAAUAUUGGAUGGCGAUGCUAGAGAAAGAUUAAACAGAAUUUCACUUGUUAAGCCAGAAAGGGCAAGAUCAUUUGAAGACUAUGUUAUCAAAUUAGCUCAAACUGGAAAAUUGCCAGGCAAGAUUAAUGAAGAAACAUUAGUGAAAAUGUUGGAACAAAUGUCAGGCUCUUCAACCAAGGUUAAAAUCCAACGAAAGAAGAGUGCAUUCGAUAGCGAUGAAGAAGCUGACGAAGAUGAAGAUGAGGACGAAGACGAAGACGAUUUCUACAAGUAA